AUAGAUGUGAUUACAGGGAUAUAUUCUUCAAAGGAGGAAAUUCAGCUUAAAGCACCUACUGAUCUAUCACUAUUCGAACGUUUGAAAGGAUCAUUAAAAUCAUUUCUUAAUCGACACAUGACUCCACAGGCGACAGCUAUCGCAUCCAAUUUGGAUAUGAUGAUUCCCGUAAUUGAAUCACAAGAAAACCAGGAGGACGCUAUUGACUUUCAUUAUUUUCAUGCAGAUAUUGUCAAGGAUUCGCUUGGUGGUGAAGUCAGAAUUACUGCCGCAUCCGAAGCUACGAUUAUUGUCCUAGAACCUGCCUCUACACCGAUAGAGAUCUUGUGGCAUCAGUUGAAAGAAGUAUUUGUCAAUCAAAUAUUUCUCAACACCAAAGUAAACAAAGGUAUAAGAAUCAGAAGUUUCAUCUUGGAAAGCUAUUAUAAUUGGGUUAACAAGGCGCGUGGUGUUACCCAAACGUGGCUUACCCAAACGUCAUUAUCGUACAAAGUCCGAUGGUUCUUAAGCGAGCUACUUGUGGUCGCGCCAAACUCGUCUAUUAAAAAGAUGGGACAGUUACUGGAACUAAACAAGCAGAAGCUAUUAAAACAAUAUUUACUUACUAACAUGGACACUAUGGUGCUGAAUUUAAAGACCGUAGCUACGAAAUUGAAGAGUAUGAAAUCUGUAAGGCCGGAAAUGGAACAGCUGCUAAAAAUUUCGGAAUCUGGCAUCAUGCAAGUGGAAAAUUAUUCGUUCUUACGUCACUUAUUAAUUGACUUAUUUGAUGAGGAAGAUGAGAUUGUCAAUCAACAUGUCGCCCUUUUGGAUCGUAUUCACGCAGAGGUCCAUACUACAUAUCAAGAAAUAUUAAUUGAUGGAGUGCAGAGGCAUCUGGAGAAAUCGGGAGUAGAAGAUAGCUCGUAUUACGACAUACUGAUCGCCGAUUUGCAAAAGAAUUUAAAAAAUAUAGAUAAAGGAGAAAAUCUACUUGGAAAAACCAAAGAAAAUAAUUUGGCAGUUGCGGAAUUUAUUAGCGACAGUAGUGGAGACAAAUUAGAACUGGAAAGUAAAAACAUUAAAGUCUUGAAAAAAACUAAGGAAUCGAGUGCUGAGAAGCUGGAAGAUUUCGAAUAUUUCAUAUUAACUGAAAUAGAAAAAGCUGUCAAAUAUUCUGAUCAAAAUAUCUUGCAAAGAUAUGAAGAUAUAAGCGACGAAUCGAAAAACAUCGCGGCAGAAAGUAAGAAGGAUAAGAAUGUCGUCAAAUCAGACGAAAUGACUCUGCAUUCUUCUCAGAAUCAGAGCGAAGGCGAAAGCAGAAAGAAUAACAUUCAAGGUACCAUUCAGGAAGAUAUAGACUUUCUGCGAAUAACAAAAGUAGUGGAUGCAAAACUCAAAGAAGCCACUAAAGAAAGCAAACGAAAAGAAGAGUCAUCUGCGGACUCUGCAUCGAGUGAUACCGGAAAGAUUCAUGUUUCUGGCAUGUCUGUGGCAACGGAUACCUCCGAUAUAAGGAGAGCGUCUCCCAAUAAAAAACAUACUUUAUUACAAGAAUUACAAAAAGACAUUAGCGAUGUACAGCAUAGUUACGAGGCUGAUUUAAGAACAAAAUCAUCUAAUAGAAGAGAUCCAGUUGAAAGCAAAGUUAUAUCCACUGGUUUAUUGAAAGACUUUGAAAAGCCUGUGUGGGCUGUUAACGACGAAGAAGUACUUGAAAAAAAAUCAGAAAUUACAGAUAUGCUACAUAGUACCACGGUAUCCAAUAAAGUAAAAUACGAUGAGAAAAGGUCUACGAGUGAAGAUAAAGUUAAGGAAGCUAAACCAAAAUCGUGUAGAGCUAAACAUAUCGAUGAUGAAUUAUAACAAUAGCUUUAAAAUUUAGACUAAAUUGUACGUAUUAUGCAAAAACAGAAUUCCCAACGGCCGCAAGGCUACGGCAUUACAACUGAUAUUUUUGCAUUGUGAUCUAGAUGUGCGUAUAGUCAAUUUUAAUUGACACUUAUGUACAAGGUGGGACAUUUAGAGCCAGUUCCACAAACGUCGGUUAACUCUUAACCUCAGGUUAACUUAUCCUUUGUUUCUUUCUAACGUCUCCCUUAGAAAGAGACGAAGAGUAAGUUAACCUAAGGUUAAGAGUUAACCGACGUUUGUGGAACUGGUCCUUAGAGUGUUACAAGCUGUUAUCUCUGAAAGUGGGGCACUUUAAGUGCCCUACUCUGUAUCUAUAAUCUAUACAAUACAAGAGGUAUUCUAGAAAGAUUAUACCGACCUAUCCGAUAAGAAAAGUAAUACUGUCAGAUUAUACUGCUACUAUAUUAUAACUAUAAGGAAUCUGUGGAUUCUAAAUUGGUGCUUACAAGAAAAUCUAUUGCACGUUGUUACUCGAAAAAAGAUAUUUGUGGAAUAUAUAGGUAUCAUGGACAUUACCUGUAUGACACACGUGUGUUAAACUGGUUGUGAGGAUGUAUUCCAAGUAAGGCGCUAAUUCGUGUACAUUUUGUGUAUUAUAGUAUAAUAUUCUAUAUGCUGAAAUACAAUAUCAGCAAAGUUCUUUCUUCCAUGAAAGCAGUCCUGAUGAAUCUAUUCUGCAGUUUGUAUUAUACACGUGCAAAUGUUAUUCUAUAACUGUAUCAUACAAUUGUAAAUCUAAAGAGUAAUAGCACUGAUAAUUCCGUGGUGUGAGAGUAUACCGUAUCAUGAAUAGGAAGAACGAAGACGCGUUAUUAUCCUUCUUUUGACAUUAUUUUUACUCCAAAGAUGUGCCAUGAUUAAUGAUAAUGUAUUCAUCGUAUCAUACAGUUUAAUAUUUUAUGCAACACGUGCAUGGAAAGUGCCCCAUUACGCACGCUACGCGUGCGUGAUAGACCACUUUC